AUGAAUUCGAUGACUUCAGCAGGCCCCAAGGCCAGUUCUGUGUUUGUAGCGGCACCCCCCAGCACACACGCUGCGAUCCCAGGGAGCAUGUCCCAGGUGCCCCUGUAUCCACACAGCCAGCCCCAAGACCACCAAUUUCCUGGGAGCCAACCUGGCUUACAGCUGCCUGCGAGUGCACAACCAGCCCAAACAACCUUGAAAGAGGGCAAAGUCUUAGGGGCCCUCCAGAUCCUGACUGGGCUGGUACACAUCAGCCUCGGUGGCAUCAUGGGAACUAUCUUGGCUGGGAAAUAUGCAGCUGUCUCAUUUGUUGGAGGCUAUCCUUUCUGGGGAGGCAUCACGUUCAUCAUUACAGGAUCCCUCUUAGUGGCAUCAGAGCAGCAGCCAAACUCUCCUUGCCUGCUUAAGGGCGGCUUCAGUAUGAACAUCGUCAGUGCGAUUUUUUCUGUGGCCGGAAUCAUCCUCUUCCUCUUAGAAAUGAUUAUGAACCAUCCAGACCUCAGAUUCCCGGAGCAGCACAUGUGACCUCCUCAUUCAUUCUGGUUCCAGGACCCUGGAAUUGCUACUUCUGGGGUGCUGCUCAUCUUCAGCCUCCUGGAGCUCGGCAUUGCCGCCACAGGGGCCCACUUUGGCCUCCAACUGGUCUGCUCUCCAAGCAACAACCCUGUGAUCUUCCAGACCGUCUGCAUAGCAAAUCCAGUGGCCAACCCAGAGCCAGUAAACUCGCCAUCGGCUUUAUUGAAUGAGGUUCCGGGCUCCCAAUAA